GAGAGUUCAAUUCGGAUAAAACUCUGAAUCUCUCUCUAGAGUCGGCUUACUAUGCCGCUCCCGGUUACUCUCCUCUCAAUACUGACUUGAGCUUCCGAGCAGGUCCCCGCCGACCCACAACCGGCUGAUUCCUCUUUUGCAUGUGUCCAUCUCGGAGGCUGGUGGUGGCGGACGUUGGCCAGGAGGAAGAUCGGCGCUCACCGGACCUCAAACACAUUGAAGCAGGCUCCUCGAAGCUUGGCAUCAACAAUUGGCGCCCACCGUGGGGUCCGAUGAGAUUAAUACCAACAAACCGUCAAUCCAGCAAGACGAAGUGGACACACAGGAUCUGCAAGGCGAAGCCAGGAUUCGUCAAGAUGCAACUCCAAACAUCAUUCGAGUUGCUAUCUCAAAGAAUCGAGGAUCCCAACAAAAUGGACAUGCACGAUAUGCAAACCGAAGAUGGGAUUCGUCAAGAUACAACUCCAAACAUCAAUCAAGUUGUUAUCUUCAAGAAUCGAGGAUCCCAAUGAGACGGGCAUGCAGGAUCUGCAACCCGAAGAAGGAAUUCGUCAAGAUGCAACUCCAACAUCAAUCAAUUUGCUAUCUCCAAGAAUCGAGGAUCUCCCGAUCAAGAUUGAGUUGUGUCAAUCCUUGAUCCGAAACUGUGGACCCUCAACCCCACUAGUUCCUCCGUCGAUUUGUCGUGAAAUCAUAGGAUCCUCGAGUCCUCUCAUGGAAUGGCGCCUUGACAUCAACAAUUGGCAACUAUAGUAAGGCUUGAUGAAAAGUUCCAUCAACAAUUUGCGCUUACUAUGGAGCCCGGUGAAGAAAUUUACAAAUUGUCA